GAUCGUGACUGUUAUUUCUAUUCAUAUCAAAACUUGUACACUGAACGCGUAGUUUUCAACAAACAUGGAUUCCUCAAAGGUCCCAGUCAAAUUGGCUAAGGUUAUUAAAGUCCUUGGACGUACCGGAUCUCGUGGUGGUGUCACCCAAGUCCGUGUCGAAUUCAUGGAUGACACUUCUCGUUCCAUCAUUCGUAACGUUAAGGGUCCUGUUCGCGAAGACGACAUCCUUGUCUUGUUAGAAUCCGAACGUGAAGCUAGACGUUUGCGUUAAAAAAUUGAAAUCACAGAGGAUACUAUUUCGCGAUUUUUUCGCCAAUGCUUAUUUGAUGUUAUUUCAGAGUAUUUUAUUAUGGUCCGGAUGGUUCAAGGAGAACGACCAACCAUAGCGUACUUUGGAUUUUUUACUGUCAAAAUACUAUCAUCCUUUGAAUGAACAUAUAUAUCUGGUAGCAACAGUCUACCUGCUGUUAGGAAUAUAACUGUAAACGUUUCUCGUAUUGUAGC